AGCUUCCUGGUUGUAAACUGCUUGAGAGUACUGACAGUCAACUUCAAAAGCAGCCAGGAGAAACUUCUUUCUCGCUAACUUUGGGAGGGCAUUAAAAAAUGCUGAAAGGUGCAGAUGAUGUUGUGAUGGAGCAGGACAACUCUGCUUCCCGACAUGGAGAAAUGACAAGUUGGGAUAUCAAUGACAUCAAACUUCCCCAGGACGUAAGACAGAUAGACUGGUUUCAAGAAUGGCCAGAUUCCUAUGUAAAACAUAUCUAUAGCUCAGAGGAUAAAAAUGCUCAGAGGCACCACAGCAGCUGGGCCAUGAGAAACACCAACAACCACAACUCUCGCAUCUUAAAAAAGUCCUGCCUCGGGGUUGUGGUCUGUGGCAACGACUGCUCGACUUUGGAUGGGAAGAAGAUCUACCUAAGACCAGCCAUAUGUGAUAAAGCUAGGCAGAAACAACAGCGGAAAUGCUGUCCAAACUGCAGUGGACCCCUGCGGCUCCUUUCCUGCCGAGGCCAUGGUGGUUACCCAGUUACCAACUUCUGGAGGCACGAAGGCCAGUUCAUAUUUUUUCAGUCCAAAGGAGCUCAUGACCAUCCACGUCCAGAAACAAAACUAGAAGCAGAAGCAAGAAGAUCAAUCCAAAAAGCACAGAUGGCUUUUUCUCCAUCUUCUCCAAGAUUAAAAAGAAUCCGGGAGAUUGAGUCUCUGACAGGUGCAAUGCCGACGCGGGAGGCUUUGCCUUCGCUUCUUUCCGAGCCGGAUGCUUCCAUGCCGCCUGCUCAUUUCGGGAGACAUUUAAGCAAAAGCUCCCAGGAGCUGACACCGGGCAGCCGCUCCGGGCAGCCGCCGUACCCAAGAGCAUGUGGGGAGGACGGGGGCUGCGGAGAGGCGCCCACCUGGAGCAGGAUCGCGGCCCUCGGGAGGACCCCCGGCCCCAGGAGGCCUGGCGGCGGCCCUGCCGUCCCCGCGGCCCACCCGCCUUGCGCAGCCCCUUCCCAGCACGUCCUGCCCGUGACAGAGGGCGGCCAUGACUGCUUCAGGCCUAACGCCGGCCCUUUGGGGGAUGACUCCUGUGAGGAGAAGCCCCCGCCGGCCUACAGCGGCCGCUGCCUCCCUCCGCCGCCCUACCCUGCCCCUCAGGGCGGGCCCUGCCCCACGGCGAGCGGGGCACACCACCUCCGCCAGCUUUUGGCUCCUCCGAGGGGAAGCGAAGGAGACGGAGGGCGCCAUAUGGGUCUCAGCUGCUGCAGUGACGACAUGGGUUUUAACCUGCACCCCUUACGGUGA